AUGAAAAGUGGAGGGGAAUACUCCAGAUUUACAGAAGGCCAAAAGAUAUGCUAUGGUGAUUCAGCACAUCCCUGCUACAAGAUUGCCUAUUUCCAAGACAUGUCUCGGCGUGUGGGUUUUCAGGAGGCUCGCCAAGCUUGUGAAAUGGGUGGUGGAGUACUUCUCAGUCUUGAAAGUGAAGCAGAACAGAAACUGAUAGAAAAUAUGCUGCAGAAUCUCACAAAAUCAGGUGGUGGGAUUUCUGAUGGAGAUUUUUGGAUUGGUCUGUGGAGAAAUGGGGAGAGACAAACCACAUCCAGUGCCUGUCCUGAUCUUUACAAAUGGACAGAUGGAAGCAGUUCCAUCUUCAGGAAUUGGUAUACUGAUGAGCCUUCUUGUGGAAGUGAAGCUUGUGUUGUGAUGUAUCACCAGCCAACUGCAAAUCCAGGUUUAGGAGGGCCUUAUCUUUAUCAAUGGAAUGAUGAUAGAUGUAACAUGAAGCACAAUUUUAUCUGCAAGUAUAAAUCAGAAGACAUUGUAGAAAAAGAAUCAGGAGGCAGAACAGAUUCGCAUCACGAAGUUCAAGCAACAGUGCCAGCUGUGAAGCCUAACGAUCCAAGCAAGACAGAAGAUGAUUUUCCAUUGGUCGUUACUGAAACUGGUGGUCUUAUUCCUAAUUUAAUUUAUGUUGUUAUACCAACCAUACCACUGUUGUUGUUGAUAUUAGUGGCUUUUGGGACUUGCUGUUUUCAGAUGCUUCAUAAAAGUAAAGGAAGAACAAAAACCAGUCCUGAUCAGUCAACACUAUGGAUUUCUAAGAACCCAAGAAAGGACAGUAACCUGGAAGUAUAGAAAACUGGC